AUACUAUUGUAAACAGUAGGCAUAUAUAAGUGUUGCUGUCACCCAGAUAGAUGGGCAUAACAAUCAAUUGUUUCGAGUUCCAGACUACACAGUACUUCGAAUCGGAUUACCCACUUUCACAACCAUACUUCGUCCGACCUUUUUAAAAUGGUGACCUUAAGCAAGCCCACGUUCGUCACCAUGGCACUCAUUGCCUCCCUCCUUGCGCCUCAAGUGCACGGCUGGAGCGUCGGCUUAUGGAGCACAGCGAAUUCCUGCGGCCAGAGCGGAGCUGCCGACACAACUCGGGGUGGCGACUCUGCCGUGAGCAGCAGCUGCCAGGGCUUCGGCUUCAACGAAAUCCAAGCCAUUGAAGUUACGGAUUGGGCCGAUAACUGCAAGAUUGUGGCGUACGACUCGUGGUCGUGUGACAACGUACUGGAAGAAUUCACAAAGGACAAAUAUCCGCCAUCCCAGGCCGACCCGAAUUGGACUUGUAUCAACAAUUUGAGGAAUCAUGAGAACCUGGUCAACUGGCAGGCUUUCAAGUACGAAUGCGCCUAGGAACUUGGUAGUGGGCGAUCUGCAAGAUAUGUGGUAUUAUCUGGAGUUGCUGGACCACUGUUUUUUAUGUCGAUUCGUAGUCAGCUUCAAAUUCCAACCCUACCC